AUUGAGCACGUGUAUCCCACCGCCACGGCGCCAACAAGGUAUCACCGGUCAGUCUGCCACUUCGUGUCUAUAUGAUCGAAAGCUCUACAGUCUCUGCUUCUGAAGCGGCAAUUGAUUGAGUUCAUUUCAUCAUUCGGGUCUUGAAAGAGUCUCACCAAAGAGACGCCGCGACGAUUGCAUAAUUGGUUCACAUCCAGAUCCUCAUCGUAUCUAUCUCAAGUCAAUUACCUCAAUAGAGAAACCAAUCAGCCCAUAAAAUGGCCGGAGCAGACAAAGACGGCCUCCACUUCGACGGCUACGAAGACGCCGAAGUGUCUGCAUUCGUCUGGCCUGACGACCCCAUCGCCCUCGAAAAAGAACUCACCAUCUUCCGCAAAAUGCGCAUCCAAGUAGCAGCACUCCGAACACGCAACAAGCAGCCCAUCGAACCGUCCUUCCUGAACGAAAUCACCGCCGGUCUGCUCGGCCUGAAGAUCGUGAACAUGACCCCAGACCUCCUCAAGAAAACCCUCAUGGUCCGCGGCAUGGAACUCAUCCAAUCCCUACCCGCCCGCGCCGAACACAAAGACCUCGCCCAAUACCUCCUCCAAAAAUGGAACUCCGAAGCCGAAGAACGCGCCCUCCUCGCCGCCACAAACACUCCCUCCGACCCAGACCUCGACCUCGACCUCGACCCCGACGAUUCCUCCCCCGGAACCACCACACCUCUCUCCCCCGCCCGAUCCGGCCCUCGCAAACCCUACAAACGCACCCACGGCCUCGUCCUCCGCAAACCACCCCCAACCCACCCCAUCUACGGCCACAACGGCAUCAUGCACGGCCUCCUCGUCGACAAAUCCAGCGGCCGCCGCGCCUACAUCACCGACCCGUCCUACACGCCGCGCUUCUGCAAAAUCUACGGCCACAACGGCCUGCGCAUCGGCGCAUGGUUCCCGAUGCAACGCGUCGCGGCUCUGCGCGGCGCCCACGGCCCGCUCAUGGCCGGCAUCGAUAUCGGACCUAGUGGGGCGUACAGCGUCGUUGUCAAGGGCGGCAGCGUGUAUGAGGAUUUUGACCGUGAUCUCGGCGAUGUGCUGUGGUAUUCGGGCAGUGGUAGUCAUGUUAAUCUGGGUAGUGUGCCGCGGGAGACGGGCGGGACGAAUGCGCUGAGGAGGAGUGUAGAGACGGGACAGGCGGUGCGGGUGUUGAGGGCGAGUGGGGCGACGGGUGGUGUGGCGCCGAAGCCGGUGUGUGGGAUGCGGUAUGAUGGGUUGUAUCGUGUUGAGGGCUCGACGAUCAAGACGAAUCAUCUGGGUGGUGCGUAUGAGCAGUUCAAGCUGGUGCGGUCGGAGAAUCAGGACCCGAUCGACUAUACGCGUCCGACUGUGCAGGAGCAGAGAGAUUAUGAGGCGCUGUACUACGACUACUAGGCCGAUGGGAUGAUACUGUGAUGGAAAAAUUGUGUAUUGAAGCGACGAGCAUAGGACUCAUACGCAGCGUAGUCUGAAAUUGGGAUAGACCCAUCAGUGACGUGGAGGAUAGCAUGUUGUGGUAUGCAAUAGGCCCAGAAACCCCCUCGUCAGGCGUAACUCAUUACCCAAGCUACAAAUACCGCGCCCAGAUAUUCAGCUGUGGCCGGACCUGAUGUCAAACCUAAGUUGAAUCACGUCCCGUCCCAUCUCUUGUCUCACCACCUGACAUUCAAUCGCACAUCCCCGAAUUUUCGUACUUUCAGAAGGGUAUGAGCUCCGUAUCGAGCGCAAUGCACAAAUCAUAGCGCGUUCGAGCCGUGAUGGUGGCGUAUCGGCCGCGAUCCUUCGCUAGUAGACAGUUUGUGAGAUGACGCAGUGUGGAGACGGGGAAUGUGGUUGUGUGAAUAUUUGCUCGAAGA